CUUUGGAACAGCGUGAACACAAGCAGAAGUAAACUUUAGUUUUCUUUUUAGUCUUUAUGGUCUCCUCACAGAUUUCCGAGUCACACAUUCAUAAAACGGUGAAAACCAACGAAGGCUCUUAAGGCGGUGAAUCUACAACUUCAGCAUGCAGCCAACUGAGGCAAAAAAAGGAUAUCUUACCCAAAGCCCGCUGUUGGAUUCUCUGAGGGUGUAUCUAAACAACAAGAAAAGACUACAACCCAUUAUUGGUCUAGGCAGUAUCAUAGAAUGUGUCAAAGCAGGCACACAAAACAGAGAAGUAUUGUACCUGUGUGAAGUGUGUGUGUGUCGACUUUGUAAAGCUGAUGUACGGAACCACAUAAUGGGAAGUCUCCACAGAUACAACUACAUUAAAGUCUGGCACCCGGACUUAGUUUCUAAAUGGAAGGAAAACUUGGACCUGUCUCAGCUGGCCUGGCCACUGAUGGAGAUAGCAAAGACCCUUGAGGAAAAAGAGGGUCCUGGAGAUGUGCAAUUAUUAGCGGUUGAAGAUUCGGUGUACCAGACGAUGGCAGCAUUCAAUGACAAUGACGCAGUAGCUCUCCUACAUGUCUUAAGAAAUGGCCGUGUACAGGUUGAACCCCAGAGCCAUUCAGAGGCUUCACCGGGGCAACUGGAGCCCAUCCAACCACAGAGGACUGUAUUGCUUUCUCCCCAAAAUACAGCUCCAUCUUUUUUACAGUCAACUCUUACAAACUCAGAAGGCAGCUUCAACAAUACUUCAUCUUCACUGAUGGACAACACUCAAAUGUACCCUGAUCACUUUGUGCCAUCAGAGGACAGCAGCAGCUUUCUUGAUGGCUACACAGGAACCGAGUCUCUUAUUGGUCUUUCCCGAGUGGUUGAGGUUAGAAGUGAAGAUGGCGGCACAUACUGUUUUUUAUGUCACUGCUGCCGCAUCAGAUCCAACAACCAGGACUUCACUGAUCAUCUUACCAGCUCAUCCCAUCUCAUGAACUACUUGAUGGAAACUCGCCCUGAGCAGGUGGAGGUAAUGACAGCAGAGGUUAACAAUGACUAUCAGCUUCUUCAGUCACUGGCCAAAAGAGUAGAGCUGGAGGAGGGCGGAGGAGAACUGAAGGUGGUAAGUGCACCAGAAUCCCUCUGUGUCCAUGUGGCUGGCAAAAGUUACCACUGGUGUAUAAAGAUGCUGUGUGAUGGAUGGACACAUACUAACAUCAUAAAGAGGAAAUUAGCUGUCAAAGGGCCCAAUGUGAACAGGGAAACUACAGAGAGAGAUGCCACAGUGCCACCAGAAUACAACAAAAGGAGGAAGAUGCAGAAAAAAAAGAUCAAUACUGUGUUCAAGGUAAGCCUGCCUCUCACAGAAGGUCCAAUGCUGCUGAAGAGGACGUCUUUCAGCAGCGACACCCUCCCUGUGUCACCCACCGACUUGCCUGCAUCGGACUUGGAUCCCAUGGCCUCUCCAGAGUCUCAGUCAGAGGUCUAUGAGUUGGACAAUGACACCACCCUCGAAAAAGAAAAAAACAUCCCAGUCUGUCUUUAUCAAGGGGGAAAGAGUUGUCCCAGUGACUAUGAGUACUUUAACCAGUUUGAACACGUAAAUGAGAGAACAGAACAAAACUUAUAUGUGGGAAGUAAUUCCAACAGACAGCACGCUUCUCAAGAAGAAUCAAGUGAGAUGAAUUACAAAGGAUGGCAAAAUGAAGUCCCACCAAAACAGAACAAGUGGCUGCUGCCUCCUGGUUGCCACGCUCAGGACUGGGAGUCUUGUUAUGCUUCCUAUGGGUGUGAAGAGUGGACCCAAUCAUCCUCACAGAGUAAUGUUGGUGGAACAUAUGAAAUGCCAAGAAAAAAUACACAAGGAGAGUGGAGCUCAGAUUAUCCUCCCACCAGUCUUGUACCUAUGCCCUAUCAAGGUAUUCCAGGAGAUCACUGGGUGGUGUCUAACCCUGACCACAGAACUGAGGCUUGGACAUACCCUUACCAAACCAGCAACCAACUCCCUCCUCCAAGUUACGAAACCUACACUGAACUUAGUUAGACUUACAGCUCCUGAUUAACUGGUUUGAUUGUUUUAGUGUUUAGAAAUGGAAAAACGAAUUUAAUGCUUGCAUUUCCAAGGUUAAAUUCUGCAGACUUUAGUUUUCACUCAGACCUGGUGUUACCAUUGACUUAAAUGAUUCUUUACAUGGUCCAGCAUGCCACAAAACAGUAUUUAAUGAAAUAAAAGUAUCUGUUUUUUUUCAAGAAUGGGAAUCCCCUAAUGAAGGGUUGUUAUGGUUGCACUGAUCCAAACUACGCCUCUGAAGAAGCUCUUCUAUGUGUGUUAUUUGACUGUCACUUUCAACAUUGUUCUGUAUGACAGCAGACCAUUUGUCCUGAUAUUGAUGGGGAAUAAGCAUUUAUUCACCUAAAUCCUAAAAAACUGAAGACAUUUUGUUCUGAUUAACUGAAAUAUGUCUUGAUUGUGUCUUUUUCCUGUGGCAUAUAUGUGCUGUGAUUGAAAAUGUACCUGUAUAUGUGUACCAUCUGGUUACUGAAAACACAGCCAGUUUUUUUCAGAAAUAGGGAAUUGAUGGUACCCUAUGUUUUCUGCUAUUUUAGUAAAUAAGUCUGCAGCUUUGAAAGCAGUUUUGGAGAUAAGAUAAUUUAAAAAUGAAAGUCCAGGACUAAGUCCUAAGUGUCAAUAAUAUCAUGACUUUGUAUAAAAUGUGAAAAUCUCAUUUUGAUCAUCUCAGAGCAGCCAGGCCUAUAUUUAUGUCUUUUUUCUUUUCUUUUUUACCAUUAUUUUAAGGUGACUAUUUUUUGGGUUCACACGAUGUUAGAAAACGGCUCAACGUUUGAAAUAAAAUGUGAAUGUCACAUGA